AUGGGUGAGCAGGCGUUGGCUCGUGUCUCUCACUGGGGCUCGAGGAAGCGCAUGGCCCUGCACCAAGCUGCGAUGGUGGGGAACAGCGAGACCCUCUCUGCCCUCAUCCAGGGGGGCUGUGCUCUGGACCUACAGGACAGAGACGGUAACACAGCUCUACAUGAAGCGUCCUGGCAUGGCUUCUCAACGUGUGUCAAACUGUUAGUGAAAGCAGCAGCUGAUGUCAAUGUUAGAAAUAAGGCAGGAAACAUUGCUCUUCACUUGGCUUCUCAAAAUUCACAUGUUUCAUCCUUGCGCCUUCUGCUGGUCGGAGGCUCAAAUAUCGACACAAAGAACAAUGUGAGUGAGACAUGUUUGCACGUGGCUGCUCGCUAUGACAACAGAGACGUGGUCAAACUCCUGAUCAGUUCUCAGUGCUCUUUGACAGAGAAAAAUGAGAGAGGAGACACUGCGCUUCACAUUGCUGCUGCUCUGAACCAUAAAAAAACAGUCCAGCUCCUGUUAGAGGCUGGAAUCGACGCAAAUCUCAGAAAUAAUGCAGGUAGAACAGCUCUUGACAAAGCCAGAGACAACAACCACAAAGAACUAGCUGUACUUCUGGCCCGAGCUCCUCAGGUGCAUCGUUUUCUAAGAGGGAGGACUGUAAAAAAACAAAGAGAAAGACAAAGGAAGCCAGUUGCCAUGUUGGAGCAGGGUUGCAGCUCCGCCACAGAGGAAGUCCCCAGUUUUGAACAACAACUAGAACAAUCAAAAGGCUUUAAAAUGAGAACGCAUCUGCUUUACCAAGACCGAGUCACGAGUCCAAUCUCCCACGGCAAGCACAAGACCCGGAAACAGGAAGAGAAGGAUGAGAUCAGGGGUGAAAAAAAUGUGAAGAAUCGUGACAGAAAACAACAUUUGUUUGAAGACAGUGAUGAUCUCUGUCCCCAGUUUGGAAAGUCAUACCAGCUUUACACCUUAUACAGAGACAAGGACGGCAACGUGAGACAGUCUCCUGCCAGCGGUUGUCACUGUAAGCCGCUGUUUAAGAAACUGGAGAGUGAGCUGAAGUCCACUCAAGAGGAGAUGAGACUCCAGAUCCUAAACGUCCAAGAAGAAGUGAACAGCAGGAUCGGACAAAUGGAUCAACGCAACAGACAGCAGGCGGCUGUGAGAGGAGAGCUGAAGAGGUGGUGCGUGUCUCAGCUCAGUAGCAGGGAUGUUCCCACCACACCCACUAGUUCUCCCUACUGUCGACUCCUGCACUCCCCCUCAGUGGGACAGUCCUCCAGGGAGUCUUCUCUGGAGUCCCUCCCUCUCCUCUCUGUCUCUGAAGACAGUAGCACCUCGCUGGCCACAUAUGUCAACAUCACCCCCUCCUGGUCAUCCUGCAGCCUGGGCUCUGAGCCGGAGACGAGCAGCAGGAAGUACUUUGAAAUGAAGGUGGACAGGUCUCCAGAUGACUAUGAGAACACAGCGCUGUUUCCUCUCUCUGGUUCUAACCGGCGACUGAAAUCUGCUGCCCCCUCCAGGCAGCCAAUGGGAAUACAAGAGAGUGACUCCUCAGCUGCGUUGCCUGUGAAGGGGGAGGGCUUUGGGAGGAGCAGCAGCAGCAGUGUAUCCAGUGACUGCACUCCCAGAUGGUUUCCACCAAAGGGACGCACACAGGAGCCCAGGGGACAGGAGCUGGUGAGGGUGGGACACAACCAGGACACCACCGUAGAGAUUUACAUGGACCGCCCCCCCACUGAGACCACCUUCACCCAGGAGAGGAGCAACCUGCACGCUAUCGAGGUGACUCAGCGUUUUUUCGAGACUGUGUCCUCUCAACUGGAGCUCUGGUACGAGAGGAAGAUUGUGGAGGUGGAGAAGCAGACGGAGGUGCAGGCUCAGAGGGACAAACAGGAACUACUGCAGCGAAUCGGCUCUCUGGAGGCGGAGCUUAAGAGCCUCAGGAUCAAUCAAAGCACAGAGAAUACAGCAUCGAAUCACAGCACUGAACUUCGAGACUGA